AACAAACAGAAAAUAAUACGAACGUUUAUGAACAUAUGUGAAUGAGUGGAUGAAGUCGGACAGGCUGGGUAUCAGUUGCAAGCCUGCUAACUUGAGUGUUAGCUAAGUUAGCCGUGAGGAUGAGGAUGAUGGUGACGCGCUGUCAGAUUUAACGUUACAUUUCUUCUUCAAGCGUUAAAGCCUAACGUUUCGUUCAAAUUGACUGUUGCGUGAUUUGUCAGUGGUUUAAUGGACAUGUGUCCCCCAGAUCCUACAAGGUUACUACACCUGGAGCACACUCCUAACAUUUGUACAUUUUGUACACCAAAUAAGUUGCAGAUGUUGUCAAAGUGUCUUCAGAAAACAUUACAUUAAAAUGCUGAAUGCGAGCGAGUUUUAUUUGUAAUGUUACAGCUGUGACAAAGACAAGGAAUUAACUGCUUUUUGUAGAGAACAUCAGUGCAAUGCUGCUUCUCAGACGCUGCCACAGCCUGACUCAGUUUGGCCCUCUCAACACUCAAAGGCAUCAAGUGGCACCUGCCGUGGCAUCGUGUGCAGUUCGUCUCUGGAGCAGCAGCAGUGAGGACAAGAGAUCUUACCAGCGUGCCUACGGUCCCACCUGGAGACAUGCACUGGCAGGACUGCUGACUGGUACUGGGGCUGUACUGGCUUAUGGCCUCCACCACCACAAGGCUGAGCAGGCAGACACCAUCAGAGUGCAGACCAUAGAGAAGACCUCAGCUCUUCCCAUCUUCACCCAGGAAGAGGUCACCAGUCACCGCUCUCUGGAAGAUGGCGUGUGGGUCACUUACAAAGGUGGUGUCUAUGACAUCACCGAGUUUGUGGCCAUGCACCCUGGUGGGGAUAAAAUCUUGUUGGCAGCAGGUGGAGACCUUGAACCCUUUUGGGCGCUGUAUGCUGUACACAAACAGGAACAUGUGCUGGAAAUCCUCUCAGAAUAUAAGGUCGGUGAGCUGAGUGCAGAAGACGUGAAGAAGCAGCAGACUGUUCAGUCAUCUGACCCCUACUCAACUGACCCUAAGCGUCACCCCGUCCUGCGCAUCAACAGCCUAAAGCCCUUCAAUGCUGAGCCGCCUCCUGAAAUCCUCUCUGACAGCUACAUCACCCCCUCUGCUAUCUUCUUCAAAAGAAACCACCUGCCAGUUCCACAGGUGGACCCUGCUUCAUAUCAGCUGCAGGUGGAGGGACUACCAGGAGGAGUGCUGACGCUGUCUUUAGAAGAGUUGAAGACUCGAUUCCCUAAACACACUGUCACCGCCACGCUGCAGUGUGCCGGUAACCGGCGCUCUGAGAUGAAUAAGGUCAAGCAGGUGAAAGGGCUGAACUGGGGCAUCGCUGCAAUCAGCAAUGCUACAUGGAGCGGUGCAAGGCUCAGGGAUGUGCUGCUGGCAGCUGGUUACGGGCCAGAUGUGGCCCAGUGGGCUUGCCAUGUUCAGUUUGAAGGACUGGACAAAGAUGUGACCGGGACUACCUACGGUGCUUCCAUCCCUCUAAACAAGGCAGUUAGCGAGGAAGGUGAUGUGCUGCUGGCUUACGAAAUGAACGGCGAGGAUCUCCCUGCCGACCAUGGCUACCCUGUCCGGGUUGUGGUACCAGGCACAGUGGGUGCACGCAAUGUUAAGUGGCUGGGGAAGAUCAUAGUGAGUGCAGAAGAAAGCAGCAGCCACUGGCAGCAGAACGACUACAAGGGCUUCUCCCCUGGGACGGACUGGGACACAGUGGACUUCACGUCUGCUCCGGCCAUCCAAGAGCUGCCCAUUCAGUCAGCGAUCACCACGCCGGCAGAUGGUGCCGUGAUUGAUCGCAGUGCUGAAGAGGUGACAGUGAAGGGUUACGCCUGGAGUGGCGGGGGCAGAGAGGUGGUGCGUGUAGAUGUUUCUCUGGAUGGAGGAAAGACGUGGCAGGUGGCCCAGCUGAACAGCAGCGAGAAGGGACGAGCACCUGAGCCGUCGCCCCCACUGGGACGAGCCUGGGCCUGGAAGCUGUGGGAGGUAACGGCUCCUCUUCCUCCCGAGGCCCAGGAGCUGGAGAUAGUCUGCAAGGCAGUCGACAACAGUUACAACAUGCAGCCGGACACAGUUCCUCCCAUCUGGAACCUGAGGGGCGUGCUGAGUAACGCCUGGCACAGAGUGAAGGUGAAGAUCAGCGAGGAAUAGACUCAGUGGUUUGAUCCACAUUCAAUCCAAAACGUUUACGCCUGAAAUGGAGUCAUCAGAGUGGACAUUGUUGAAAAAUCGGUCACUUAAACUCAGCAGGAAAAGUGAUAGAGGGAAAAAAAACUGUUUGACAGAAUUUUGAAGUAUAAAAACGAAUACAGUAGGAUUUUUGACGCAUAGCCUUGAAGUAUUUAUUCAAUCACGUUGCCUGUGAGAUUUGAAAGAGUUUCAGCGCUGCAUACCUACAACAAAGCUAAAGGCUGUAAAUGACCAAACAUGUCCAGUUUUAUCUAGUGAUGAUUCACCUACACUUUGGUCUUAAGUGAACAUGUGAGUCAGUUAAUUGUGAUUUGUAGAAAAGAAGAAGAAUUUAUUUUUGUAAUCAGCAUUGACAUUCUUAACACUGACGAUGUGCGCACGUAUAUGAAAACGGUUGAAUUACUUGUGUGAUUAACAUCAUAAUUGAAGUAUUGAGUAUUAAGUAGUUAUUACUUUAAACAAAGGCUACUAAAGUUGCAUGGAGUGUUCACUUUAGUUUACAGGGGACAACUGGAGUUUACAGAGUCAACAGAGAUUUAAAACAUUGGGAGCGUUUGUUUAUCUGCAGCCGUGACUUUGCUGAUUAAUAAGUGAGAAGAUAAUUAAAUAACUUUUUUUCUGGGAGAAGUUUGAGCAGCUUAAAGGAGAAUAACCAGGACCAGCUGUCAGUGGCUUGUUUUUAGUCAGCAAAUCAGAGGUGAACUGUGACCCUCAGUCUGUGGACCUGUCCCCAACUGUUUCAAAGUUGGUAUGAAGUACCACACCGCACUGUGGAGCUCUAGCCAAAGUUAACUGUGUUUAUGCCGCAACACUACAGCACAUUGCAGAAGUCUGGGCACUUCUUGACCACAGUUUUGACCCGAUGUGUGAGAGGAGUAGUAAAUAAAGUGUGUUAACCGAAAUAUCUUCCCUUUUUGAAAUUGUUUCGACUGCACAGCUUCUCCAAAAGAAACACUGCUUUUCAGGCUCAUGGAAAUAUUCAGUCAUAUUAAUGUUAAUUCAUUGGAGUCGUAUUGACAGUUGAAUCUGUCAAAGCGGUCUCCUGUCAUACCAAGCAGCCCAGGGAUCAGCACUUGGAUUACACUGUUUUGUGUAAAAUGUACAUUAUCGUUGAAGAUGAUGAAUAAAGAGCUCAAAUUUUAA